AUGGAGUCGGUACGCACUGCGCAGCCUCUUCAAUCCAGCAUGGAGUUCUUCAAUUGCAGCACCACCGAGGAGUUCGAGAAACUAGCAAGGGAGUGGGAGGCCGGUUGCCGGACUGGAGAAACGUCAGAUGAAAAAAACCCGAGACAGAGAGAUCUUAAUCCUGUCCCGCAUCCUGUUCCGACCGAGAUUGGGCCCAGUCGCCAAGAUGAAGAGCAACCCGAUGAACAAGCCUUGACACAGCACGACCAAACGCUCCCCACUCGUCCAAUGAUAAUCUCGCGCGGUCCGGGCAACCGCCACGAUGAAGAAGAAUUGGAUGAAGACGAGUAUAGCGAUGAUAGCGAUGAUUUCUAUGACCUUCGUGGUCUCAAACUUUCCGAUGACCAGGCCGUCAAACAGCUCGUCAAUGCUCUUGUCAACCGUGCAGAUUCAGCUGAAAGUGGAUCAACCAGCCUCCAAGAUGGAGACAUGGUCGAAGGACAAUAUCUCACACCGCGCAAUAUUGCAUUCGCUAACCGUCCUGGUUUGAUCGAGCGCGAAUUCACCGGUCCUCGAUCUAAACCAAUGCUUGGCCAAUCCCCGCAACAAAGCCGUCCAUCCACCAGUCAACCUUUGCAAUCCUGCCUUGCUAAGAAACCUCGUUAUGGGCGUUCUGAAGACAUGAUUGACAACAUGGAGGGUUCUUGGGAGAACGCCAAUGGCAGAAGAGCUGACGCAAACUUCCGUUCAUCGCUGACUGCACCAAACUCGGAAGAUGAAAUUGAUGUCGGUUAUCACGCUGACGAUGAAUACAGCCAUGGCGUGAAGCAUGUUCGUUUUGUUCUUCCAGGCCCGGUUGAUCCUCCGGAGCCUUUCCAUCGCGAGUUCAAUGAGAGUGACAGCGAGGAAGAAGUUGAGUAUUUCGAGCAAGAGGAUGACGACGAAGAUGCUGGUGAGCACUUCGAGCAUGUUGAGCAUGUCGGAGGCGAAUUGACGCCGAGCCCGCUCCGCCCACGCCCACUACGCCGAAUGCCGUCCGGCCUGCCCCGCCCAUCCGCCCCAGGGCCAUCUCCUUCCAGCGUGGGGGAGGAGGUAUCCCUUAUUGUGGGCGAGAUGGAGGAACUGAUGGACAGAUACGACACUUCCUCGCCCUCGGACGAAGAAGUGUCGUGUCUGGAGAUGCGCAGGGUGCGCCGGGGCUGA